UCACUGCUGCAUACCUGCCUUGUGUAAACUCCUCUGGUUUCCCUCCACAGGACUAGUGAGUAACGUGGUUUUCACCAGUCAUGCCACAGAGCAGAAGCAUCCGCUCCUCGUGCAGCUGCAGAGCCUCAUCCGAGCGGCAAAUCCUGCUGUGUCCUUCAUCUUGGCAGAAAAUGGAGUUGUGACUCGGAAUGAGGAUAUCGAAUUAAUCCUCUCCGAAAGCAGUUUCUCAAAUCCUCAGAUGAUGAGAGCUCGGUAUUUAAUGUAUCCUGGCUGGUAUGAAGGUAAAUACAGAGCUGGGUCUGUCUUCCCUCCAAUGGUUCAGAUCUGUGUGUGGUUUAAUCGCCCUCUAGAAAAAACACGAUUUGUGACCAAAUGCAAAGCCAUUAAGUCGUUGCUCAAGCCGAGUCCUUUUUCUGGAAACAUUUAUCACAUCAUGGGCAAAGUUAAGUUUUCAGAUUCUGAUAAAGUGAUCGAAGUCUGUCACAACACAUCAUCCAAUUCCCUAAGCCUUGUGCCUGUGCAGGAGGGACCAGUUCCCCCUGACGCAAGAAGCGAUGGCAGAGAUUGCGGCAGCCAGCAGGAGUUCUUCCUUGUGUUCCUUGGCUGCUCUCUGAAGGAAGAGGAUAUAAAAGACUGGCUCAGAGAAACUGCAAAACAGAAGCCUCAGAGGAAAGCUCUGAAAACCAGAGGAAUGCUAACCCUUCAGGAAAUAAAGAACAUUCACGUGAAACGCCACUUGGAUCCUCUUCCAGCUGGUUAUUUCUACAACGGGACUCAAUUUGUGAACUUCUUUGGUGACAAAAUGGAUUACCAUCCAU